GUCCAAUUUCCUGAAGGUGAGGAACUCAGCUCUGAUGAUUCAGAGAUACUGGCGUGGACAUAACUGCAGGAAGAACUAUGGUGCUAUGCGGAUCGGCUUCCUGAGGCUGCAGGCGCUCUACCGAUCCCGCAAGCUCCACAAGCAGUACCACAUGGCUCGCCGGAGGAUCAUCGAGUUCCAGGCACGCUGCCGGGGCUACCUGGUCCGUAGGGCUUUCCGCCCGCCUCUGCACCGCCUCUGGGCUGUCCUCACCAUCCAGGCGUACGCCCGAGGCAUGAUUGCCCGAAGGCUGUAUAAGCGCCUCCGAGGGGAAUAUCUUCGACGCCUGGAAGCAGAGAAACUUCGCCUGGCAGAAGAGGAACGACUCCGAAAGGAGAUGAGUGCCAAGAAAGCCAAAGAAGAAGCAGAAAAGAAGCACCAAGUACGCCUGGCCCAGCUGGCUCGGGAAGAUGCAGAGAGGGAAGUGAAGGAGAAGGAGGAAGCACGUCGGAAGAAAGAGCUCUUGGAAAAGAUGGAGAAAGCUCGCAACGAGCCAGUGAAUGACUCGGAAAUGGUGGAUAAAAUGUUUGGUUUCCUUGGGACCACCUCCUCUCUGCCUGGCCAGGAAGGACAGGCACCCAAUGGCUUCGAGGAUCUUGAGCGAGCCCAGAAGGAGCUGGAGGAAGAAGACCUGGAUGCAGCAUUGCCUCUCCCUGAGGAAGAGGAGGAAGAUCUUUCAGAGUACAAAUUUGCCAAGUUUGCUGCCACAUAUUUCCAGGGCACAACAACAAACACCUACAUCCGCCGGCCGCUCAAGCAGCCUCUCUUGUACCAUGAAGACGAAGGAGACCAGUUGGCAGCACUUGCUGUAUGGAUCACUAUCCUCCGCUUCAUGGGAGACCUCCCUGAGCCGAAAUAUCAUACAGCCAUGAGCGAUGGUGGCGAGAAGAUACCAGUGAUGACAAAAAUCUAUGAGACUCUUGGGAAGAAGACCUAUAAGAAAGAACUGCAGGCUCUGCAGGGAGAAGGAGAGAGUACUCACAUUGAUGGGCACAAGAAGAACAGUGUGCGGCACAAACUGGUCUCCUUAACACUCAAGAAGAAAUCCAAACUGACGGAGGAGGUGACAAAGAGACUUCAUGAUGGUGAGUCCACGCUCCAGGGUAAUAGCAUGCUUGAAGACCGACCCACCUCCAACCUGGAGAAGCUCCAUUUCAUUAUUGGUAAUGGCAUCCUCAGGCCAGCCUUAAGGGAUGAAAUCUAUUGUCAAAUCUGCAAGCAGCUGACCCAGAACCCAUCCAAAAGCAGCCAUGCCAGAGGUUGGAUCCUGAUGUCCCUCUGUGUGGGAUGUUUUGCCCCUUCUGAGAAGUUUGUGAAGUAUUUAAGGAACUUCAUCAAUGGAGGCCCCCCGGGUUAUGCUCCCUAUUGUGAAGAGAGGCUGAGGAGGACGUUUGCCAAUGGGACAAGGACACAGCCACCCAGCUGGCUGGAGCUGCAGGCAACCAAGUCCAAGAAACCAAUCAUGCUGCCUGUCACAUUUAUGGAUGGGACAACAAAAACGCUGCUGACUGACUCGGCAACAACUGCUAAAGAGCUCUGUAAUUCCUUGGCCGACAAAAUCAGCCUGAAGGACCGAUUCGGCUUUUCACUUUACAUUGCACUUUUUGACAAGGUGUCCUCGCUGGGGAGCGGCAAUGACCAUGUGAUGGACGCGGUGUCUCAGUGUGAGCAGUACGCCAAAGAGCAGGGAGCGCAGGAGCGCAACGCGCCGUGGAGGCUCUUCUUCAGGAAGGAGAUCUUCACCCCUUGGCACAACCCGAAUGAGGACAAUGUGGCCACCAAUCUCAUUUACCAGCAGAUUGUGCGAGGGGUCAAGUUUGGGGAGUACCGGUGCGACAAGGAAGAAGACCUGGCAGAACUGGCUUCCCAGCAGUACUACGUGGACUAUGGGUCAGAAAUGGUACUGGAAAGGCUUCUAAAUCUAAUUCCAUCCUACAUCCCAGACAGAGAGAUCACAGCUUCAAAAACAGUGGAAAAAUGGGCUCAGCUCAUUAUAGCUGCACAUAAAAAGGGAAUUUAUACUCAGAAGAGGGCAGACCCCAAGAAAGUCAAGGAAGAGGUGGUGGAUUUUGCACGUUUCAAGUGGCCUUUGCUGUUUUCUCGAUUCUAUGAAGCCUUCAAAUUUUCAGGGCCAAGCCUGCCUAAAAAUGAUGUGAUUGUAGCUGUCAACUGGACAGGGGUCUACUUUGUGGAUGAACAGGAGCAGGUUCUCUUAGAGCUCUCUUUCCCAGAGAUCACGGCUGUAUCAAGCAGCAGAGGGGGAAAGCUGCAAGGGCAGAGUUUCACCUUGGCCACCAUUAAAGGCGAUGAAUACACUUUCACCUCCAACAACUCAGAGGAUAUCCGAGAUCUGGUGGUGACCUUCCUUGAAGGACUAAGGAAAAGAUCCAAGUAUGUGGUCUCUCUCCAAGAUAACCCAAACCCUGUGGGAGAAGAAUCUGGGUUCCUCAGCUUCCUCAAAGGAGACCUCAUAGUUCUGGACCAGGACACAGGAGAGCAAGUGAUGAACUCAGGGUGGGCUAAUGGGUUCAAUGAACGGACCAAGCAGAGAGGGGAUUUCCCAACUGAUUCAGUCUACGUCUUGCCCACAGUCACCAUGCCUCCGCUGGAGAUCGUGGCACUGGUCACGAUGACCCCUGACCAACGCCAAGACGUUAUCAGGACCUCUCAGCUGGCAAUUUCAGACAGUGAAGAGAGAGUAAAGCCAUACACCUUGGAGGAAUUCUCCUAUGAUUAUUUUAGGCCCCCUCCCAAGCACACCCUCAGCCGGGUCAUGAUCACCAAGAGCCGUGGGAAGGACAAGCUGUGGUGUUACACCCGUGAGCCCAUCAAACAGCCACUGCUGAAGAAGAUCCUGGGCAGUGAGGAGCUGUCCCAAGAAGCCUGCAUGGCCUUCAUUGCAGUGCUGAAGUACAUGGGUGACUACCCAUCCAAAAGGACCCGCUCUGUUAAUGAGCUGACAGACCAAAUAUUUGAAGGUGCCUUGAAAGCUGAACCCCUGAAGGAUGAAAUCUACUGCCAGACCCUGAAGCAGCUCACAGACAACCACAUCAAGUACAGUGAAGAGAAAGGCUGGGAGCUGUUGUGGUUGUGUACAGGCCUUUUCCCUCCGAGUAACAUCCUCCUGCCCCACGUCCAGAGGUUCCUGCAGUCCCGGAAACAUCACCCCUUGGCAGCAGACUGCAUCCAGAGGCUCCAAAAAGCCCUGAGGAAUGGAUCCAGGAAGUACCCGCCCCACCUGGUAGAAGUGGAAGCCAUUCAACACAAAACCACCCAAAUUUUCCACAAGGUUUACUUCCCUGAUGACACCGAUGAGGCAUUUGAGGUAGAGUCCAGCACGAAAGCCAAGGACUUCUGCCAGAACAUCUCCAACAGGCUGCUCCUGAAGUCCUCUGAGGGCUUCAGCCUCUUCGUCAAGAUCUCUGACAAGGUCAUCAGUGUGCCCGAGGGAGAUUUCUUCUUUGACUUCGUGAGACACCUGACAGAUUGGAUAAAGAAAGCAAGACCAGCAAAAGAUGGUAUAGUGCCUUCUCUCACCUACCAAGUGUUCUUCAUGAAGAAGCUGUGGACCAACACAACACCUGGAAAAGACUCGAUGGCAGACUCAAUCUUCCACUAUUACCAGGAGUUACCGAAGUACCUGCGUGGCUACCACAAGUGCACACGGGAAGAGGUCCUGCAGCUGGCGGCUCUCAUCUACCGGGUGAAGUUUGAGGAUGACAAGUCCUAUUUCCCCAGCAUCCCCAAGCUCCUGAAGGAGCUGGUGCCUCAGGACCUCAUCCGGCAGCUCUCUCCAGAUGACUGGAAAAGGUCCAUCGUGGCAUACUACAACAAGCAUGCGGGCAAAACAAGAGAAGAAGCCAAGCUUGCCUUCCUAAAGAUUAUCUUCAAGUGGCCUACGUUUGGAUCUGCAUUCUUUGAAGUGAAGCAAACUACAGAGCCAAAUUAUCCAGAAAUCCUUCUAAUUGCCAUCAAUAAGCAUGGAGUCAGCCUCAUUGAUCCCAAAACCAAGGAUAUUCUCAUCACUCACCCCUUCACCAAGAUCUCCAACUGGAGCAGUGGCAACACGUACUUCCAUAUAACCAUUGGCAACCUGGUGAGAGGAAGCAAGCUGCUCUGCGAGACCUCCCUGGGGUACAAGAUGGAUGAUCUCUUGACCUCCUACAUCAGCCAGAUGCUGACGGCCAUGAGCAAACAGAGGAGCACAAAGGGCAGCAAGUGA